CAAUCAUUAAUUAUAUAUAGUACUUAGCGAGAAGAAUGGCUGUAAAUAUUGUAACCAUAGAAUAUCGAAGCGUAUGUUCGCUCAUAUUAUCAUCGCGUGACUUUAAACGAUCGCGCUCACAUUAUAUUAGCAUGCGACAGAGGGUAUUAUUUGUUAAUUUCGCCAACGUUAAAAGUUCGAAGAAAUGCCCGGCAAUGGUAUUAUCAUAAAUGGUAAGAGAUAGGCGAUUACCCUUCCAUUAGAUGGACAUGCUCGCAGAUAACAAUGUUGCCAAUAUCACGUGCGUUAGGUUCGCGCAAAUGGUACGAUACACCGUAUGAAUUUUGCAGCCAUUGUCGAUGGCGAUUGCUUGGAAUGCCGCAUUUAAUCCUUAAUGCCGAAGAUGCAUCCGAAGGACCUCGACGCUCAAAUUAACGCGCGAGAGAAUAUCUAGUUAAUAAAAUUCAUAAUAGGCCCGAUACGAAGCCACUGCCCGACACUCGCAAUGUUUAGUUGUUAUUGCCCGCCCAAUAGGAGUACUUCUCGGCCAAUAGAUCGAUGAGCAUCGUUCCACUUGGUGUGGCCUUGAUGGUCUCCUUCGUCUCAGCGAUCUCAAUACUGGGUAUUAGCUCCGAGAUUUACACCUAUGGCAUGCAAUUCGUCAUGUAUUACAACGGCAUGAUCAUGGCGACCCUCGUCGUCUCUUACGUUUACCUGCCCGUCUUCUUCAAGCUCAACACCAUGAGCGUCUACGAGGUAAAUAAUUCAUUGUAUUGUCGGCAUUGUGUUGUCGUUUACGUGUGCGAGUGCCAGAGGUUUUUUGCCCGAUGUUUUCCAAGUGCGCGCCUUUAACGCGGCAAUUUGUACGAAAUUGCUCUACGUGAAUUACGGGUGAAAUAGCGGUGCUCAUGGCCGCAUGAAUCACACAUCAGUUGGAAUAAUAUUUCGAUCUAAUAAUUAAAAGCACGAGUGAAUGUCGAUUUAGGACGAGUAUAGUCCUCGGCCAAUAGACUACGUAAUCAUUUUAAUGAUCCAAGGCGUUUACGUUUCAUAGUUUAAGGUCGACAUUUAUAUUCAAGAUAUUUCAUAUAAAUUAGCUUUUGUUGAGCUGGAUGUCUUAAUUUACAUUUCAGCCGCAUCCCUA